CAACCACAACCUCAACACCCAACACCAGCACCGGCACCGGCCCAACGCUAUCACCAACACCAUCGCCAACACCGGCCAACACUGGUCCGUCCCGCCAUGUCCUCGUCGCUGGCCGUGCCCCUGGCCAUCUGGAACAGCAUUCCAAACUCGCUCGUCACCCGUGCCCUGGCCUCCGACGAUGGCCAGACCGUGCUCGCUGCUCUCGAGUCGGGCUAUCUGUGGCUCUAUACCUUCCACGCAAUCGACUCGUCCAAUACCCCGCAACUACGUCCCCGCAUCAUGCUGAUGGGCCACAGAUCCGCCAUCGCCGCCAUGACCCUCAUUCGGUUCGAGAUUGACUGCGUCCCCACCCGCGAAAACGUCGCCAUCACAGCUUCAGAAGACGGCGAAGCAGCAAUGUGGGAUCUGGAGGACGGCCGCUGUCUCGCCGUCAACACCAACGCGUUCCCGGGCAUCCCAACUGCUCUCAAACUGUCUUCGUCCGGCAAGGUCGUAUUCUGCGGGGGCUGCUCCAACGACAUUACCGUGCUCGGCACGGAUACCCUCGAGAUUAUCAAAACAUCCAAUCUCUACGACAACUGGACCAGCUCCAUUUGCUCAUGCUACACAGAGACAAAGGGAGUCGAGCGGGUGUUCUCGAUCACGUUCGACGGCUGGCUGUGCACCAUUCUGUUCGACGAGAACAAGGGCGAAUUCCAGACCGAUUCCAUCAACAAGGUCAAGAUCGAGUAUGCCUCGGCAGUAGCCCCCGCCUUCUCCAUCGAAAUCAAUCCGUUCGACCGGAACAUUCUCUUUUGUCUGCAGAGAAAAUCGUGCUGUGUCUAUGGAAUCAAGCAGAAUGCCCUCUCGUUCAUCGAUAACUUUGAGUGUCCACAGCCAGGACAGUUUUGGAUGGGCGCUCGUUUCCUGUCUGCACGGACGAUCCUGCUCUGGACCAAGAACUCGAAGGCCUUUGUGUAUUACCUUGGCAACGAAAAGGACAUUCACCGAACGACCUCCAACCUGAUUCCUCCCAAUGCCAUCGUCCUGGUCUCGGACGGCAGCACCACCAUCUACGUCAAUAGAGACAGCUUGCUGGACUAUCUCGAGACACCGACAAACACCAAGGUCCUGGUGGCAGCCUUUGAAGGCACUUCCGACGAGUACAAUUCGGUCAUGUGUCUCGUUCCGUCGGACCCGCACCACCCCAACUCGUGCCAUUAUCUUUUGUCGUUCCGCAACACCCGAUCCAAGUGCGACGACAUUGACGUGUGGCCGUUUUGGGCGAGCAACAUUGGGUCGAGAGUGGCUUUGGGCAUCCAGGAGGCCCCCUAUCUCGCGGCCGUCGGAAAAGCUGGACUCGAGCGCAUCAUUCAGUUUCGAGGUCCCAGAACCGUUCGAUUUUCGGCCAUAUGGCCCAUCAAGCGCAUUUCGCUGCUGGAGAUCACCUCCAUCACGCUCGUCAUGGAAAAAUACGUCGCCGUUGGACUGAACAACGGAAACAUCCAUAUCUGUCUGGUCUCUGCGCCGUUCUUCCACAGCGUCGAAGAUCUGGUCGAGCAUCACAGCAUCCGUAUGCUCAAGGCACACACGGGAUCCAUCACCUGCCUGCACACUCCAAGUCUGAGCCUGACCCGAGGCAAGCACAUCCUGUUCAGCGGCAGCGAGGACUCGACUGUCAAGGCAUGGGACAUCGAGACGGGACGAUUGCUGGGCGACUUUAUGAACCACACGCAGAGUGUCUUGACGCUGCUGGCGGUCCCGGAAGAGACGAAGCAUCAUAUCCACCACAGCAUUAUCUCGAUAUCUGAAGACCACUCCGUCGCCGUGAUUGACAUUGAGGAGAUGUAUUGCCUCUAUCGCUUCUCGGGACAUCCCUAUCCGAUCAUGAACAUUUACUUUCGCACUGCCGAUGACUUUUUCAUUGUUCAGUGCACCGACGGCUCGAUACAUGUGUGGCAGCUGAAAACUGGGCACUUGGAUCGUAUCGAGAGCGGUCCCGUUGUCGAUGAUAUUCUCGACGGCUGUGACAGCUCCAUCAGUUGUCGCAAAUAUGGUCGUGACUACCAACUCGCCAGCAUCAAACAAACCAUAUCCGCGUUCCCGAUUCACAGCACCGAUAAGGCACCGCCCCCGGUCCUGGUGUUCCUCGUGAACGUCAAGCGCCUUGCCAACGACAUCUACAGCAGCCAAUGCACUCUCAGCCCGCCAAGCUCCCCGAUCCAUCGACACAACCGAUCGAGGACUGCCACGGCGCGAUCCGGGAGCGAGGAUCUGGGCCAAAAGUUGCCCAACCGCGCAGCCUCUCCAAACAAACAAAUCACGGAAAUGUUCAAGCCCAUGAUCGACAAGGUCAAGAUCAUGGUCGAGAGUGUCGCCUCGUCCGCGGCUACACCCACGGGCGCACGCACCCCCGUCGAAGACACAUCCAACUCUCUGCCGCAAAAGGAAGCCGAAGUCACGAUCAGCGAGCCCGUCAGUCAGACGACGCUGGACUGGGGUAUUCUUCAGGCCGUGUUUUCCUCGCUGCUGUCCUGGGGGUUUGAGGGCGGCGUCGACGGCAUUUGCGUGAGCAAGUUUGGCCUCUUGCCACCCCAACCCUCGGUCGCGUUUGGGUUCAGAGGGACGAACGGAUUCCUGUCCAUCUUGGCCCCAAACUCUGGUAUUCCGUCGCAGGACUGGAGGGUCUCACCGACAAUCAGCGCAUCGCGGCUGCUGAUGAUCCUAUCUUUGGUUCGCACGGUCUUGUCGAUGAAGGGUCUGGAAGAAGAUGCCAUUGCCGUUAUUACCUACUAUGGCGCAACCCUUCCCCACAGCAUCGGAUCUCGGUUCAAGUUUCCUUCAUUCUCAUACCUCGCUCGGUUCUGGCAGGACCCCGUGGCCGACAUUCAGCAGGCCGCUCGGAGUCUUUUCAAUAUGGCCCUCAGCAAAAUGCCCGAGGAAGAGCGCCAGUCCGUCAUCAACUACUGGAAGUCGUAUCUCCCAGUGUCGUAUACGCCCCCCAGGAAGGAAAAGACAAACAUGCGAUGCGCAAUCAUCAUGGGGAUCCUUGGCGUUCAUUUCCCCAACGCAUUUACCCAGAGGAUCUGCAAGGAUGUUGCCGAGUCGCUCGACAUUGCCCUCCGAGACGACCAGAAGAGCCACAUUGCGUACCGCAUUGCCGCCGUCGAGAUCAUUGGCCACGGCUUCACGACGUGGGAGCCCCAUAUCAACGGGUCGGCGGUCCUCCGAGGCAUCAUAGCACUGACGGGGCUCGGGAUCGCUCCUGCCCCGAGCCCCGUGUCUAGUGGCGCUGUCCAGAGCACGCUUGUGGUGCCGGGCGGGUCGAUAGUUCGAAGUGGCUCCUCCAAGUCCCUGAGCGCCUCGACCAGCCUCAAAACAACCCUCGCCGGCGGCAACAGUAGCUCAACGAAUAUUCCAUCGCCAUCAGGGCCGUCGUCUCAGCCACAGCCUCAGCCUCAGCAACAACAGCAACAGUCACAGCCGCAAGCUCAAUUGCAAUCGCAACCGCAAUCGCAACCACAACCGCAGGCUCCACCUACACCGCUCAUGGUGAUUGCGAGACAGGCCAUAAUCCAGAUUGCCUCGGCAAACACGCCACUGUUUAUAUCGACAGUCACCUUUGAUUUGGUCCACUCCAAGAGCAUCGAAGAGCGAUCGGCUGGCCUGAAACUGCUUGGAAUGUUUAUCGCAAGGAAACCGUCGAUCCUCUAUGCUCACUUGACUCGAAUCGCCGAAGCCAUGGUCAAGUCUCUGGAUCCGAACCAGCCAGUGAUGCGUGACGCUCUGCAGCCCAUCGUGACCUUCAACUUUGCAGAAUUGGUCAGGACCUAUCCAAACGUCUCUUUUCACGCUGGAACUCAGCGACUGGCCGUGGGCACCACCGAGGGCGUCAGCGUUGUGUACGACUUUAAAACGGCCACCAAGGUUCAAAUUCUGGAGGGACACGCUCGCCCCGUGACCGCUGUUUCGUAUUCGCCCGACGGCAAGAUGAUUGCAACGUUCUCGAUCGAAGAAGGUUCUGUGAGGAUAUGGCAGCCCUCGUCCGGAUUCUUGGGCAUCUCGGCGGCACUGGCUUCUGUUGGUGCCGUCAGCCAAAUGAAGAGUUUCCGGACUUUUAAUGUGGGAUCCCCAGAGGGGGCGGCGUUGCUGACCGAUGUCCUCCACGAAGUCAAGCUCGACUGGGUCUCUGACCGAACGGUCAAGCUGAGGAGUAUCAAGGAGCUGGAACUGUCGUUUACAGUCUAGGCUGCACGUUUGAGAUGUGCGAACGAGGUGUGCAUCUUUGAGUCGUGGCGAUCCGCAAGUGCAGAGCGCAAACACAGAAACAAUAAAUCAAACAGAACGAAGAUGCCAGAGAGGCCUGGACUCUUCAGAUCCAUUCUUUAUAGAA